CUGUCUUGUCUUAGCAAUUUACUUAUAUGAAUCGAUCGUGCAAAUUUUCAUCAGUGUCCAUCAUUAAACGUCAGUGAUAAGAAUAACACAGACCAAAAACAUUUUCCAAAUUUGACUCUAAUAUUGUUUUUAUAUGAAUUACAAUUAAUGAAAAACGAUCUAAUCCAAACAAUUUAAGGUAGCAAAAAACUCCUACAUUCUCAUGCAUAACAUACAACAACAUUCAGUCAUGCACAUGACACAUUCAGACAUGCACAUACCUUCGCACACGGGUACAAACAUUGAUUCUUAAGAAUGGCAAAAAUUCCACCCGUAACGAAAAUUUCACCCAGAUUAAUUCGAAUUCUCGGGUGCAAUCCAGGACCGAUGACCUUGCAAGGUACAAAUACAUACUUAAUAGGAUCUGGUCAAAGGCGGAUACUUGUCGAUACUGGCGAUGCGAAUGUGCCGGAGUACGUUAGAAACAUUAAAUCUACUUUGUUCGAUGAAAGAAUCUUGAUAAACGACAUAAUAAUUUCUCAUUGGCAUCAUGAUCAUAUCGGUGGAGUAAACGAUGUUUUAAAUGUCAUCGAAAAUAGAGACACGUGUAAGGUAUGGAAAUUUCCUCGUGUAGAUGCAACUGAAACGGUUCCAAAUAUCAAUUUAUUGCAAGAUGGCCAAAAGUUUGUGGUUGAUGGAGCAACUCUUGAAGUUUUGCAUACACCCGGACAUACCACUGAUCAUAUAAUUUUAUUACUGCACGAGGAAAACUCGAUAUUCAGUGGAGAUUGUAUUCUUGGAGAAGGUACAUCUGUUUUCGAAGAUCUUCAUAGUUACAUGAAUAGCUUGCAAAAAAUUUUAAGCAUGAAACCAACCGUUAUUUAUCCUGGUCACGGUAAUAUUAUACAGGACCCAGAGGAACGCUUAAGGCAUUAUAUAGACCACAGGAAGCAACGUGAAGCCCAGAUUAUGACAGUUUUUAAGCAACAACCUAAUCUUAGAUUCAGUGAAAUGGAUCUAGUUAAAAUAAUAUAUAAAGAUACCCCCAAGAAUUUGUGGGUAGCUGCAGCUAUCAAUGUUAAUCAUCAUUUGAGAAAACUUACUAUUGAAAAGAAAAUCAUUCAAGAAGGAGAUUUUUGGAUGUUUAUAAAUAAAGCAGCUUCUUUAUAAAACCUCAAUGUAGAAAAUUCGGGCAUGAAUUACUUUUGGUCCAAUUUACUAAAGCGUAUUCUUAAUAAAUGUCAGUUUCAUUUUUUGAAAAUAAAACACAUAA